CUCUCUCUCUCUGUAAUUCUCUUCACCAAUUUCAGGGAACCGUUCGAAGUGGCAGAAAUGGCAGAAACCUCUGGCCGUAAGCUGAUCGUAGAAGUCUGCAAUGCCAAGAACUUAAUGCCCAAAGACGGCCAAGGAACUGUGAGUGCUUAUGCCAUCGUAGACUUCGACGGGCAGAGACGACGAACAAAGACCAAGCAUAGAGAUCUCAACCCAGAGUGGGACGAGAAGCUCGAGUUUAUAGUUCACGACAAUGAGUCCAUGCGUUCUGAGAUGUUGGAAAUCAAUAUCUACAACGAUAAGAAGAGUGGGAAGCGAAGCACUUUUCUUGGCAAGGUCAAGAUCCCAGGCUCUACCUUUGUGAAAGCAGAGCCGGAGAACACACUCGUUUACUUCCCAUUGGAAAAAAGGAGCGUCUUUUCUCAGAUCAAGGGUGAGCUGGGAUUGAAGAUUUACUAUAUUGAUGAAGACCCACCUGCAACAGCUGCGGCGGCGGAAGAAAAGAAGCCAGCAGCGGAGGAGAAGUCGCCGGAGAAGCCAAAAGAGGAGGAAAACAAGCAAGAGCAGCCAAAAGAGGGGCAGGAGAUUAAACAAGAAGGGAAACUGAAGGAGGAGGCUACUAACAAACCAGCUGAAGACAAGCCGACGACAGCACCGGAAUCUGCCCCAAAAACAGGGGAGGCUUCUUCAACUGUUGCUGCUCCACCGCUAGAGGUUGAAAAUCCUCCGAUUGCUUACAGUGACAAGCCAAAUCACCAAGACAAAGACAAGCAUGUAGAGAGGAGUGAUAUGGGCAUCAACGAGAUGGAGCUCCAACCUUUGACCCGGGAUCGAAAUUGGAGCGCAUAUGAUCUCGUUGAUCGGAUUCCGUUUCUCUACGUGAAAGUUGUCAAAGCCAAGAGAGCAGAUGGUGUUAGUUCAUCAGCCGCCGUUUACGCCAAGCUUGCGAUUGGAACACACAGCAUCAAAACGAAGAGCCAAAUCGACAAGGACUGGGACCAAGUCUUUGCUUUUGAUAAGGAAGGUUUGAAUUCAACCUCUCUGGAAGUGUCUGUCUGGGCAGAAGAGGAGAUCAAGGAGGAAGGAGAAGAAGCUCCCACGCGUACAGAGUCUAGUCUCGGAAUGGUGUCUUUCGAUUUGCAGGAGGUUCCCAAGAGAGUCCCACCGGACAGCCCUCUCGCUCCUCAGUGGUACACUCUCGACUCUGAAAAGUCGCCGGGAAAUGAUGUCAUGCUCGCUGUCUGGACAGGCUCAUUCCAAGAGGCAUGGCAGUCGGAUUCCGGCGGGUUGAUUCCCGAGACCCGGGCCAAGGUUUAUUUGUCUCCGAAGCUGUGGUACUUGAGAGUAACGGUCAUCCAGACCCAAGAUCUGCAGCUAGGUUCGGGACCCGAGGCUAAUAAUAAUAAGAUGGUUCGGAAACCCGAGCUUUAUGUGAAGGCUCAUUUCGGGGCCCAGCUUUUCAAAAUGGGUAGGGCCUGCGUUGGGUCUACGUUCUCCAGCUUAUCCAAUCCCACUUGGAACGAAGACUUGGUUUUUGUAGCAGCCGAGCCUUUUGAGCCGUACAUGACCAUGACCGUUGAAGAUGUAACCAAUGGGCAGUCAGUGGGACACACCAAGUUACACGUGCCAAGCGUUGAGAAGAGAACAGAUGAUCGUGCGGAGCCCAAGUCCAGAUGGUUUAACUUGAUUGGCGACGAGGCGCGUCCUUACGCCUGUCGGAUACACCUGCGGGUUUGUUUGGAAGGAGGCUAUCACAUGCUUGACGAGGCAACUCACGUUACCAGCGAUGUCAGAGCUGCGGCAAAGCAGCUGGCUAGGCCUGCCAUUGGGUUACUCGAAGUCGGAAUUUGCGGCGCCACCAAUCUUCUUCCGGUGAAGAUCAAGAAUGGCAUGCGUGGGUCAACUGAUACUUAUGUGGUUGCCAAAUAUGGACCCAAAUGGGUCCGAACCCGCACGAUUGGAUCGGUUCAACCCGCGCUGGAUCGGUUCAACCCGCGGUGGAACGAGCAAUACACUUGGGAUGUGUACGAUCCCUGCACUGUGCUCACUAUCGGGGUUUUCGAUAAUGGAAGGUACGGGCGCGAUGAAGCAGGGAAACCCGAGAAAGAUAUUCGUAUCGGAAAGAUACGGGUGCAGCUAUCCACUCUCGAUACGAAUCGGGUUUACAUGAAUUCAUAUUCUCUUACGGUGUUGCUUCCCGGUGGGGCUAAGAAAAUGGGAGAGAUAGAGAUAGCCGUGCGGUUCUCAUGUUCGUCUUGGCUGAGCCUGGUACAAGCGUACAACACACCAAUGCUUCCGAGAAUGCAUUACUUGAGGCCAUUGGGUCCGGCCCAACAGGACAUUCUGCGGCACACGGCUAUGAGGAUAGUUACGGCGAGGCUGGGGAGGUCGGAGCCGCAGCUGGGUCAGGAGGUGGUUCAGUUCAUGCUGGACUCUGAUACACACGUGUGGAGCAUGAGGAGGAGCAAGGCCAACUGGUUCCACGUCGUGGGAUGCCUGAAACGUGUGGCGGCACUGGCAAGGUGGCUGGAAGGAAUUCGCACGUGGCAGCACACGCCGACGACUGUUCUGAUGCACGUGCUGCUGGUGGCUGUGGUUUUAUGCCCGCAUUUGAUAUUUCCGACGCUGUUCAUGUAUGCCUUCUUGGUCCUACUGGUGAGAUUGAGGUACCGUCAGAGAGUGCCGGCCAAUAUGGACCCUCGGAUCUCAUAUGUUGAUGCUGUGAGCCCGGAUGAGUUGGAUGAAGAGCUUGAUGGGUUCCCUUCUACGCGGCCCGCGGACACAAUUCGAAUACGAUAUGAUCGAUUGUGGGCUUUGGGCGGCCGGGCCCAAACUCUGUUGGGCGACGUAGCGGCCCAAGGAGAGCGUUUGGAGGCCUUGUUCAAUUGGAGGGAUCCGAGGGCAACCGGAAUAUUUGUGGUAUUCUGCUUAGUGGCAUCUUUGGUGUUUUAUGUGGUGUCAUUCAAGGCGCUUGUGUUGGGGUCAGGGUUCUAUUACCUGCGCCACCCUAGGUUCCGUCACGAUAUGCCAUCACUCUCCACCAACUUUUUCCGGCGACUUCCAUCCUUGUCUGACCAGAUCAUGUAGAUGAUUUCAGGUUCUACAGGUGAAGAUCCAAGUUCACUACCUCAUAAAAUGUAUUGGUAUUUCUUUUAAUAUCCGUCUAUGUAUUUGACAUGAACA